GGAUCAGGCCUGUGCCCCGGAAGCAGUUGUUUGUUGAGGGACUUUGGGCCCGUUACGGACCCUGCAGUGUACUCUCGCCAUGUUCUUGUCCGCGGUCACCUUUGCCAAGAGCAAGUCAAAAACAAUUCUGGUGAAAAUGAUGAGCCAAGCUGGAACAGGUUUUUCCUUCAACACUAAGAGAAGCCGACUGCGGGAGAAACUGACUCUGUUGCAUUAUGAUCCAGUUGUGAAAAAAAAAGUCCUCUUUGUGGAACAGAAAAAAAUACGCUCCCUCUAAACAAUGGAUUGAAAAUGAAUUCGAUUUAUAAAUGAGAAGACUGAGGGCGGGAUACUGAUUCAGAAAUUCUGCAGCGUGUAAUAAAAGAAGAGGAAAUGGCACAGAAUCACUGCCUCCUGUGAUUUGAAGGCCAUUGUGAAGGAAAACAAUGCAGUGAAAGAAAGUUCUUCAUAUUAGGACAUAUAUCAUUGCAUCACAUUUAUUUAUCUUUCUGGAUAUUUUUAUAGCCCUUAAUAAAAGUAUUAAAAUAG